UUUCGUCGCUAUCUUGAGUACCGUUCCUCUAGCGAGAUUGGCCCAUUACAGGUCUGUAUAGCGUUUAUUUCGUAUUUGCUUACUUUGUGGUCACAUUUACAAUAGCCUGUACACCCAUCCAACUCAUCAACAACUGAGCAACCUAAGCCUGAUCAGAGAACUUGAUUGUGAUUGAUGAUGUCAGUGAGUGGUGAAGUAGAAUCCCAGUGUUGGCUUGAGGGGUGUCGGCUGGUCCUAAAAUCAUCCCCAGUGGGCUUGAAGCUUCAGUGGCUGAGUAAUGAGGGAGGGAAACAGACACUGCUUGGCACUUCAUGUCUGUCCACUGUCAAGUGUGAUGGAAGUCUUUACCCAGUCUUCAUGGACACUGCAAUAGAAAAGGCACUGUUUAAGAAUACAGUACCGGUCACAAACUCCAUUGGAUCCAGAAAUGCUCCAUCAGCUGCUCUAGUUGUGUGUGGCCUUGGAACAGUUAUGGCUGCUCACUGCAAGUUGCCUGGUCAAUGUGUUGCAGUUUGCCACAUGGUUCAAUCCAUAUUGUGGACUGGAAUUUUGGAAGUUGAUGACAAAUCAGUUAUAGUUGUGGUCAGUAAAGGGACUACAAUCAGUUUUGGAAGAAGUGGAUACCAAGCAGGGCUUCAUGCAUCAGCAAGAAGUGAAGUACCUCACCAUGCUGGAUUACUGUGGAACACCAAAUCCCUGCCGGCAGCUCCAGUAACAUGCUGUGGUCACCAAAACAUGUUGCUGAUCUCUGAUGGAUCUAUGUGUUGGUUAUCUCACGUUUCCUGUUCAGAAAAGGAUAAAAUUGUUUUGAGAAGCAGCAAGUUGUGUAUUCAUGGAAUCAUUAGGAUUUCAUAUGAAGAAAAAAUUGAAAUGAAGUCAUGUGAUGGUAGGCAGUAUAUUUGUACUUGGGACAUCCUUAGUGGAAAGAAUGGAAAAGAAGGCUGGAAACAGUCUGUGAAAGAUAAUGACACAGAGCUGCCUCACACAGUCAAUGAUAUAAUGAAAGCAAUUGGAAAAUGCUCCGAAAUUAUAAAUGUGGAAGGGAAGGCUAUCCAGACACUAGUGUUGUACAUCAAGCAGCUUAGUUUAGCACAAAGACUGCUGACAGAUCAGAAAUACAUAUUUUUACCUACUGUUACAGUGGAAAAAAGUAUGGGAAACAAAGACUACUUUGCCAAACUACAACUUAAAAAAACUGAAGCUGAUAUUGAUUUAAGGGGAAGAUGGUGGGCACUAUGUAUGGUCGUUAAUGGAGGUAAUGGUAAGUCGGUGUCAACCACUAAACUUACAGAUGAACAGCUGAGAUCAAGUGUUUAUCAGACAAUGUUGACCUUACCUCCUCUUGAUUUCUCUACUGCUUCAGGGUACAUAGAGAUACUGACUUACCUUGUGCUGGAAAGCUUCACAUCAUCUCAGGCUGUGUGUAAAGUUAUAGCAUGUCAAGUUCAGGUUGAUAUUUUGAACCUUGUAGGACCUGAAUGUAACCUGAGUACAAACUCCUCAAGGCAUCAUGUUGGGGCUGCAGAAGUCAUUAAUGCAAAUGUGACUUCAGUCCUGAGUACAUGUCUCAGGAAGGAUCCAUUCCCUUUCUGUGAGAUCUCUGUAUCAUUUAUGUAUAGUAGUAAGAUUCUGGAUUUAGUGUGUAAACUGCUCAACCUCACUGUGGCCAAAGAUUCUGAAACAAAGAAAAGUAACCAAACAACUCUUUGGUAUAGAGAUAAUAGGAUAGAAGUAGAGUGUAUGGAGGAAAGCAAAAAGGUAUUAAUCAAGCUGAAGGGAUCCAAUCCGUAUGUAGUGCUGUCAUCAAAGGCUGCUCUGGAAAGAAGAGUUGGAGAGUUGAAGCAGUGUGUCCCAGCAGUGACCUUGCCUCCAUCACUUCUGAGGGAAGCUUGCUUUACAUACAGACUUCUUAAUUACGAAGAAAACCAGGCUAGCAGAGUGACCACAAUUGCUCACCUGUACCAUGCCAUUACUAAGCUGUCAUCACUCAUUCCUCUUGGGUAGCAGAAACUUAUCCCAUAGGGAUUUUGCUUUAAUGGAAUAACCAGUCUAAUCUUGUGAAGGUGUGAGUGUCACAUCAGUGGAGAUGGACUGCUUGAGAGGAACUGGACUGGUUUUCAGUAUUGU